AAACAGUUGGAUGAGAAGGUUGUAUAUAUCAGACAGUUGGAGCUUCAGCUUGCUGGAAGUGAAUCAGGAAAAAUCAACAGCCAACAGACACCUGACAUCUUGGUUUUGAGACAGCAGUUGAAAACAGCACAAGCUGUAAUAGACAAGAUGACAGAAGACAGGAACAGGGAGAAAGAGGAUUUGGAGACAGAACUCUCAAGAUUCAAAGUCCAACAGAAAAUACUGCAGUCAUCCCUCAGUGAGAAAGAAUCUGCUCUACAAGGUAUGAGGACCUCAGUGGCCAGCCUGGAGAUUGAUUUGAUGCAAGAGAAGUACAAACGAGAAAAGCUCCAACAACAGUUGAGUCACUUAAACCAGUCAGUGGAAGAAAAACAAACCCAUUUGAACCAGCUGCAAGAGGAGAUAAACCAAUACAACACAGAGAAGAAAAAUCUACUCAACAGUGUCCAGACAACACAGACAAAUCUGCAAGAAGUCCAGGCUGAGUUGGUCACAAAACAGGAGAGAUUUGACCAGGUUUCCCAGUCUCUAGAGGAGUGUGCACUGAAUGUCUCACAUUUACAAGCAGCAUUGGAUGACAAAGAUGAAACUUUGAGGCAGACCCAGCAGAGAGAAACAACAGCAGUAGAAACUGUCAAAGAUCUCAGAGUGGAACUCCAGAAGGGAAGGACCUCGCUGAGUGAUAGGACAAGGGAGCUGGAGGAUCUGAGGAGAGUUAUGGCCAACAAUGAGAGCACAUCACAGCUGGCAGUGCUUCAGAAAGAGCAGCAGAUCAGUGACCUCACACUGAAAGUAGACAAGCUUCAGUCUGAGUUGGGAGUCAAGUCCAGUGAGGUGACUGAGCUACAGAACCAGUUAUCAGAUUCCAGAAGUCUUCUUGAACUUGAGAGAAAUCGUUGUGGUGACUUGAAAGCUCAGAGGAUGGAACAGGAUAUCAGGAUGGAAGAGAAAGACAGAAAGUGUGCGCUGCUGGAAGAUAAAAUCAGCGAUCUUGAAAACAGAGUUGUAGUUUUGGCCGAGGAGAAAUUGAGACUGGAGAAUGAAAGGCAAGACCUAGCAGCCAAGAUUGAUACAGGUGAAGGAGCCAGUGAAUUGAUUCGUCAGAUUCAACAAGAAAAUAGUUCUCUACAAGAAAAGUUAUCCUCCCUUGAAUCAGCCCACCAAGGUCAAGUCUCAGAACAUUUCAAUAAAGAGGAAGUGUUUGCUAAGCAGAUUCGAGAUGUCAGGGGUCAGCUGCAAGAAUCGGAGGCUAAAGUAUCAAAGCUGGAAACCGAUUUAGAUGAAAAAUCAACCAAACUGAAAAUAUUGGAACAGAAGAUUUUGCAAACAGAAUCACAAUAUAAAAAUCAGACAGAACAGCUCCUGGCGUCUGAUACAACCAAGACAAGUCAGAUUGUUGCUCUGGAAAACCAAAUCAAGGCAGCCAACAUGUCCUUGGAGACAGCCAGUUCUGACUUGACUAGCACAAAGUCACAGCUGGAUCAGGCUAACACAGAUAUGGCAGCAAGCCGAGAACAGAUUGAGCAGCUCCUGUUGGAGGUCAGUGAGCAGAAGGAGAAGCUGUCAGCAGCCAAUCAAAAGAUAAGCUCCCUGGAUCUGCAACUGAAGGAGAAGGUCUCACAACUGGCUCAGGCUGAGCUGCAGAAGAAAGACAUGGAGCUGACCCUGGAGGCAAACAAGCAGAUUCUCAUUGAGUCCAAGGGCAAACUCAUCGAAGCUGAGCUCAGUCUCCAAGUGGAGAGAAAGUCAAAGGUCACUGAGAUGGAUGACCUUGCUACAAGUCUGGAAAUGCUAAGUCGUGAGAGAACCAGUCUGCAGCAGAAAUUCGACCAAGUGAGUACCAGUCUGACAGAUGUGCAGAGACAAUAUUCCGAGAAGUGCCAGGAACUGGAUGCUGUGUUACAGACUUUAAUAUCUACACAAGCGGAGCUCAAGAAGGUUGAGGACAUGCUUUCAAUGACUAAGGAAACUUCAAAUGAUCAGUUGAUGUAUUUGACUACAGAGUUUGAGAAAGAAAAAAACAAAGUCAAGGAAAACAGGGAAACACUUAUGAAACAAGUGACCUCUUUGACAGAUGAGAGAAACCGCGUGAGUGAAGAGAAGAUGGCUUUUGGUGAGCAGGUGAUGAACUUGAGUGAGACAUUACAACGGCACAUUUCAGAGAGUGACAGCAUCAAACAGCAGUGGCAGACAGAGAAGCUGGUGCUACAAGCAGAUGUGGACAGUUUGAAGACAGAGCUCCUGGAAGCCAGAACCCGAGCAGACGAGUACAAGAAGGAAAUGAUCCAGGUCAAGCAUUUGUUAGCAAUGGAACAGGAAGAAAAACAACAGACAUUUGUGACCCUGAAAGCAUCAAAAGAUGUACUGCUGCAGCAGAAGUUGGACAUGGAAACUGAGUUCAUACAGCUGCAGGGGGAGGCAGAACAUUGGUCAGAACAGCUGGCUAAAAUCAAACAAGAGGCACAGGAAGUGCAGACCACUUUACGCCAGGAUAACUCUGAUCUGUUGGAUAAGUUGGCAGCUGUGACGUUGGCACUGGACACACUACAGAAGGAAAAAGAUGAGCUAGAGGCUGAGUUUGACACACAGUCCACACUUCUCAGUGGGAACUUGACCACAGUCAGAACAGAUUUGACCAUUACUGAAGGUAAUCUGGGCGAGCUGACCAGAAUUAACGAGCAACUGCGAGGAGAAAAGCUGGAGCUGGAAGUCAAGCUAGAGAGAUGCAAUGAUGAAAGGCGACUUUUGGUAGAAAGAUGUGUAGCAAGUGAAAGAGAAUGUGAGAGACUGCAAGAGAAUGUUGCAGAGCAGAAAUAUCAGCUAGAGGAUAUUCAAGGAGCUCUUCAUGAACUUGGCAGAGAGAACCUGACAUUACAGAUUACAACAACAACAGUUCAAGGUCGUAAAUGGACUGAUGACAGUGAUGUCACCGAAUGCAUGUCUUGUGGCAAAGUAUUCUCUGUCAUCAUCAGGAAGCAUCACUGUCGACACUGUGGCAACAUCUUCUGCAAUGAAUGCUCAAGUAAGAUAACCCAGACUCCCAUGAAGAGAAAAGCAUCAAGAGUGUGUGACCCUUGUUAUAGAGAGCUCUCUGCCCAGAAACUUUGA